AUGGCGGCYCAGGACAGCGGCAAAUCAUACUUGAGCAAGCUCUCUCCCGCGAGCUGGAGUAGAAGUCCCACCCUACCGCCAGUCAAGAGCAAGAAUGGAGAGCUGGAACCGGAGCCAGCAUUGCUUCACCAGAACAAGGGCGCUGAUCAUGUGGUGAGCCACCGGAACAGGCUCAGCUCUAGGACGUAUCCUCGAGACUGUCCACCGCUUAGACCGCAGUGGUUUCAUGCCGUCGACAUACCCAAACGAAGGCCAAAUCCAGCUGGCACAAUCAAGGAGGAAAAGUCCGCAGGAAUACCGAAAAAGUACUCUGCAUUCUCGACAAACGAUUCGAAAGCGAUCGAGGCUUCAUUUCAGAAGUUGUUGGAGCAGGAGGACACUGAAGUUAGAUCCCAGCACGAGCUACAAGGCGGCGAUAUCUCCCAGUCAAGGUCACACAAAAAUCCCAACAUCAGUCUCCGAGGCGAGCAGAACCCUGGCAGUAUAACAGUACCAGUCAACGWAGACUAUCUAUUCGAUGUCGACGUGGAGAAGCGUGAACUAGCGCCAGCCUAUUGGUUAGGACCUGUGUACGAUGUCCGACGAGGUACCUGGUUCUACCAAGAAGGCAACAUCCAAAAGCCUUGCGACGAGAAUCUCGCCGCCCAGUUGGAGGAAGGAUACCUCAAAGUCAAAGCCUGGCGGCUGCCUACUGCGACGACCACCCAACCUCAAACAAAACCCACCACCACCACCACAACCACCACCAAGCCGCCGUCAGCGUCACAACUACGCACACGGCCAGCCUCUUGGGCUUCAGGGCAAGAUGUGGACAUUCCAACUUCUCCACAACUCCCAUCUAAGCCUUCUCAGCCAGACCUCCGGCAGGCAGCCGAGGAGGCCAGUCACACUGUGCAGCCGGGAGGGCUUGAUCCCGGAUCAGAUAAUCAUCCCAAGAACACGUAUCGAUUGUUCGGUGCGCAUAUGAACUCUGUCGUCACUUAUCAGGACGGAACCACAGCGUGGCUUCUAACAGACGACUUCUUGUCUCGGAUGAACUAUUCGAUGUAUCAACGUUUCGCCGGUGGAGGCCACUUUGCUGGGUUGCGCAUCACGCGAGGAUAUGUCAAUACAUCGAAGAAAGUGGAAUCGAAAGACGAUAAAACGGUGGAGGGUAAGAACUUAGCAAAGAAGGGCGAGGGUAAAGAGGAAGAUGUUGAGGAGGUUCAGGCGGAGAGACCCAGUAUGUCCGAACAGAAGAGACAGACACUUCAACGACAGAUGUCGGCACUGCUAGAAGACCCAAAGUCGACGCAAGACCGUGCGGAGCAGGACGAGGAAGCCCGAAAGCGCGACGAGCGUGAGAUGGAGGAUGACUACCGGGAGACUGAGGGCGAUCAACAAAACCGUCCGAUCGAACAUCUCAUCCUAGUUACCCACGGCAUAGGUCAGCGUCUGGGCUUGCGACUAGAGAGCGUCAAUUUUGUUCACGAUGUCAAUACUUUGCGCAAGACUUUGAAAUCGGUCUAUGCGGAUUCGCCCGAUCUCAGAGCGUUGAAUGCUGAGCUGGGUGACAGUGAUACCGUCAACAGUCGAGWGCAAGUGCUGCCCAUCUGUUGGCGACAUCUUUUGGAUUUCCCAAAGCAAAGUCUGCGGCAUAAUCGCAAGGAGCACGACAUUGCCGACACGGAUGCUGAUGACGAGGACUAUCCCAGCCUUGAAGACAUAUCUGUGGACGGGGUGCCCGCUGUACGGAACCUCAUCACUGAUCUUGCCUUGGACAUACUGCUGUACGACUCACCGGCUUACAAAGAUCACAUCUCGGGCAUCGUGUUGAAUGAGCUCAAUCGGAUAUACCACUUGUUCAUGCAACGCAAUCCCACCUUCAGCGGCAAGGUCAGUCUCAUCGGCCAUAGUCUAGGCUCGGCUAUCAUGUUCGACAUCCUUUGUAAACAAGAUCAUCAUCCCAAGGCCAAACGCAGAGGCGACCAGAGUCUGAGGCUCGAUUUCCCCGUCGAGGACUUUUAUGCACUCGGAUCUCCAAUCGGAUUGUUCCAGAUGUUAGGCGGACGAACGAUUGCUGCGCGGGAAUCGAGUCAACAUUCUCGAGACGCCAGUGACCUCGAAAGUAUGGAGGAUCCAAUGUUCGGUCCGCCAAGCAAAAAGCCCAUUGCCCCUACUCCUGGCCAUGUGCACGGAGAGAAUCCCGUUUCGAGGCCAAAGUGCGCGCAAAUUUUCAAUAUCUUCCACCCGACRGAUCCAAUCUCUUAUCGCCUUGAGCCUUUAAUAUCGCCAGCGAUGGCUUCUCUCAAACCGCAACCACUCCCAUACACCAAACGGGGCAUAUUUGGAGCACCUGUCGGCCAAGGCUUCACGGGCAUAGGGGCCCGCGUGGGUAAGAGUGUUAGCAGCAUGUGGUCUAGCGUCGCCUCCAGCCUACUCACUCGAGGCCUUGGGUACGGAGAAGAUACGGCAAGGACGACUGGAAAUGCGACGAAAAGCAGUGGACCUCUCUCGAUGCCAUCAGGAACAAACAGUUCCGGCACCUCGGGAGGGGCUGGCACAAACAUAUCUGCAGGUGUAAUUCCGGUCGCGCCUCCGGUGCCUGCAGAUGGUACAGAGAUUGCCAAGAUGGGUCGUGUUGACCGCGUUGCUACGGAGGCUCAAACAGCCAGCGAAAAGAAGCAGCAUCCUCCUACCUUGAUCGAAAACGAGCUCGAGACUCUCUCGGGCGACUUUGAAAGACAGCGGAAACUAGCACAUAGUGAUGCCGRGGUACGGGAUCUCGGUGCAGGAGCAGUCAAGGGAAGUUCAGAAUGGGCUGAGGCAGAGGAGCGUGGAAGACGGCUGCGGAAAGAGGAGGGCAAAGUGCGGCGACUCAAUCAAACUGGCCGUGUUGAUUUUUCAAUACAGGAGGGCGCCUUUGACAUCAACUUGAUUGCUGCCAUCGCCAGUCAUCUCUCUUACUGGAGUGAUGAGGACGUGAGCCACUUCAUGGUUUCGCAAUUGCUCAGCCGGCAUCGAAUUGUUCGCCCACGCGCAGGGAGUGCUCCACGAGGGAAGUGA